GCUAUCGAUUCGCGUCUUCUCCCUCCGCCGCCGUGCCAUGAAAUGUAGCCGCUUUCCUCUCCACCCUCCCAAUCUCGCAUUGGAUGGAUUUAGGUCGCGCCACCCUGCCCGGAAUGUAGGGUUAGUUCGGGGUCAGCAACGGAGGCGGCGGCCACCGCGAGAGGAGGAGGAGCACGGCUUCACGCAUCGGCGCAUCUCCGUCGCUCCCCGCGCCGGAGACGAGUGCACAAGUGGCGGGAUGGGGCGCCGUCCUGCCGUGCUACGGGUGAUGUGUCAGCGACCGUCGGGGUUACUCAAACGCAGGAGACCGCCGUGUCCCAAACUGAACUCGCAGAUCCUGGAAAAAGUGCCUGCUCCCUUAUGGAAGCAAAGAUGGUGGAAGCUCCCCAGCUCAGUUGGCAACGAAGAAACGAAGGACCGCACUUCUGCUGGGGCCGAUGACCACCAUGGCAAGACGCGGCGCUGUUAUGCUCAGAUUCAUCUCUGCCUUUGGCUGUUGGGUUUGUUAUUUCUGCCUAUGUCCUGUUAAGCUGAUGGACGAUGGAUGUUGCUUCAGCUGGUUUUUAUUUUGAUGGAUGUAAGAGUGGACUUGCAUGAAUGUUGUUUCGUUUCUAAGAAAGCGAACAGGGCGAAAGGCCUUUCGAUCUACAAAAUGUGGCAUUGGGUGAUUUCGUUUGCAUAGUAUAUUGAUCUGGUGGCCACUCGGUGUAUAUUAAUAUGGCCGGCUGCCACGGGAGUUGGUUACAGAAAAUUUGAUUCUCAACAUAUCACAGAAUAUUUUCGCACAGAAGAUUACAAAACUUGUACACACCAAACAUUUGGCACGUUGUUAGCUUGGUGCUACUACUCACCAGCUAGCAGCAGCCUAGAGAGGUCAACACUCAACACUGCCAUCAUAGCUUCAGAGGGAAAAGGGGUGCGGUUAUGGGGAAUUUAUUUUUGGAUAUCUGGCCUUUUUUCUUCGAGGAAAUUUUCGAAUAUGGGUGCGACCUUUUGUAGCCAAACAAAGCAGUUCUUCUAGUUUCUUCUCCUCUGGCUCAACAAGGCUGCAACAGGAGCUUAUCCACCUCGAAGUGCAAUUCAGCAAUAGAGAUUGCAUGCCCAGAUGGGUUCCUUCACAAAUGGUGGGGCAGCUGAUUCUGCAAGUCCUGUGACCCCCUUCACUAAAGCUGGGUUCUUCAGCAAGAUCUCAUUUUGGUGGUUGAAUCCUCUACUGAAGGUGGGCUACAAGAAACCCCUUGAGGACAAAGACAUACCACUUCUAGGCGCCACAGAUCGAGCACACAACCAGUACAUGAUGUUCAUGGAGAAGCUGAAUGGCAAGAAGCAGUCGCCGUCACAUGACCCACCAUCAUUCUUAUGGACUAUUGUUUCUUCUCACAAGUGUGCCAUCUUGGUCUCUGGUUUCUUUGCUUUGCUCAAGGUUCUCACCUUGUCUACAGGCCCAAUAAUUCUCAAGGCAUUCAUCAAUGUCUCUCUUGGGAAAGGGACCUUUAAACACGAAGGCUAUGUGCUUUCUGCGUUACUGUUCGUCUGCAAAUGUUGUGAAUCAUUGUCACAGAGACAGUGGUAUUUCCGCACUCGGAGAUUAGGGUUGCAGGUGAGGUCACUCCUGUCAGCAGCUAUUUAUAAGAAACAACAGAAGCUAUCGAAUGCAGCAAAAAUGAAGCACUCUUCUGGAGAAAUUAUGAACUAUGUGACCGUCGACGCGUAUCGGAUUGAGGAAUUCCCAUACUGGUUCCAUCAAUCAUGGACAACUAGUGUUCAGCUCUGCAUUGCUCUGGCAAUUCUAUACAAUGCGGUUGGUGCUGCAAUGAUUUCAUCUUUAGUUGUCAUUAUUAUCACUGUACUGUGCAGCGUUCCAUUGGCCAGACUGCAACACAAAUUUCAGAGUAAACUUAUGGAAGCACAAGAUGUGAGAUUGAAGGCCAUGUCUGAGUCAUUAGUUCAUAUGAAGAUCUUGAAACUUUAUGCAUGGGAAGCUCACUUCAAGAAGGUCAUCGAGGGAUUGAGGGAGGUUGAGUACAAGUGGUUGUCUGCAUUCCAGCUUAGGAGGACCUACAACGGUUGCCUGUUCUGGUCGUCUCCUGUUUUGGUGUCAGCGGCGACCUUUGUAACAUGCUAUCUUUUGAAAACCCCUCUUGAUGCUAGCAAUGUUUUCACCUUUGUGGUUACUCUACGUCUUGUGCAAGACCCUGUUAUAUUGAUGCCGGAUGUUAUUGCUGUUGUGAUACAAGCUAAGGUUGCUUUCACUCGGAUAUCGAAGUUCCUUGAUGCACCUGAGCUAAACGGACAAGUUAGGAAGAAAUACUAUAGUGGCAUUGAUUAUCCUAUAGCGAUGAAAUCGUGUAGCUUCUCGUGGGAAGAGAAUACAUCAAAACCAACUCUAAAGAAUAUAAAUCUGGUAGCCAAAGCUGGAGAAAAAAUAGCAAUAUGUGGAGAGGUAGGUUCAGGUAAGUCGACGCUUUUGGCUGCUGUACUCGGAGAGGUCCCCAGAACUGAAGGCAUGAUCCAAGUCUGUGGGAAAAUAGCAUAUAUUUCUCAGAAUGCAUGGAUCCAAACAGGAACCAUGCAAGACAAUAUUCUCUUUGGAUCGUCGAUGGACGGGGAAAGAUACCACAACACAGUCGCGAGGUGCUCGUUGGUCAAGGACCUUGAAAUGUUGCCAUAUGGAGAUUUCACACAAAUUGGGGAGAGAGGAGUAAAUCUUAGUGGUGGUCAGAAGCAGCGCGUUCAGCUUGCUCGUGCACUAUACCAAAAUGCAGACAUCUAUCUUCUUGAUGAUCCUUUCAGUGCUGUUGAUGCUCAUACAGCUACAAGUCUCUUUAAUGAAUAUGUCAUGGGUGCUCUAUCAGACAAGACUGUUCUUUUGGUGACACACCAAGUGGAUUUUCUACCUGUAUUUGACUCCAUUUUGUUAAUAUCAGACGGAGUGGUCAUUCAGUCAGCACCUUAUCAAGAUCUAUUGGCAGAUUGUGACGAAUUUAAAGACCUUGUAAAUGCCCAUAAAAAUACUAUUGGUGUUUCAGAUCUUAAUAGCAGUAUAUCCCCUCAAGGAUCUAAGGAAGUAUCAAUAAAGGAGACAGAUGGUAUUCAUACAGAGUCUGUGAAGCCAUUGCUGGCGGAUCAACUGAUAAAGAAAGAGGAAAGAGGAACAGGGGAUGCAGGUGUUAAGUCUUAUAUGGUUUACUUGCGCCAGAACAAAGGAUUCCUGUAUUUAUCUUUUUGUAUCAUUUCUCACAUGAUUUUCAUUGCUGGACAAAUAUCACAAAAUGCAUGGAUGGCUGCUAAUGUCCAAAAUCCUCAUGUUACUACACUGAAGUUAAUUUCUGUGUACAUCAUUAUCGGAGUUUGCUCGAUGCUUUUCUUGCUAUCAAGAUCUUUAUCAGUCGUUGUUCUUGGGAUUCAGACAUCAAGAUCCUUAUUUUCCCAGUUACUCAAUUCAUUGUUCCGUGCACCAAUGUCCUUUUUUGAUUCUACUCCUCUAGGACGGGUUCUUAGCCGGGUCUCUUCUGAUUUGAGUAUCGUUGACCUCGAUGUUCCAUUUGCCUUCCUGUUUAGCCUUGGUGCCAGCUUAAAUGCAUAUAGCAAUCUAGUGGUAUUGGCUGUUGUUACAUGGCAAGUUCUGUUUGUAUCCAUUCCCAUGAUAGUUUUAGCAAUUAGGUUGCAGAGGUACUAUCUAGCCUGGGCCAAGGAAUUGAUGCGGAUCAAUGGUACUACCAAAUCUGCUCUAGCGAAUCACUUAGGUGAAUCAAUUUCAGGGGCUAUAACAAUAAGGGCCUUUGAGGAACAAGAUCGAUUCUUUGCUACCAAUUUGGAUCUUGUUGACAAGAAUGCAAGUCCAUAUUUCUAUAAUUUUGCUGCAACUGAAUGGUUGAUUCUACGUCUAGAGAUAAUGAGUGCUGCAGUUCUUUCUUUUUCUGCUUUUGUCAUGGCCCUUCUUCCACGAGGAACUUUUAGCCCUGGUUUUGUUGGAAUGGCUUUGUCCUAUGGUCUUACGCUAAACACGUCAUUUGUUUCAUGUAUUCAAAACCAAUGCAACCUUGCGAAUAAAAUAAUCUCAGUAGAACGGGUGAGCCAGUACAUGGGCAUACAAAGUGAAGCAGCAGAAGUUGUUGAAGAAAAUCGACCGUUGCCAGAUUGGCCCCAAGAUGGCAAUUUAGAGCUUAGAGAUUUGAAGAUCAGGUAUAGGAAUGAUGCUCCACUUGUACUACAUGGAAUCACUUGCAAGUUUGAAGGCGGAAAUAAGAUUGGUAUAGUCGGACGAACAGGAUGUGGCAAGACAACUUUAAUUGGUGCAUUGUUUCGUCUUGUUGAACCUGCCGAAGGGAAAAUAAUUAUAGACUCUGUGGACAUCAGUACAAUAGGCUUACAUGACUUGCGUUCGCGUUUGGGUAUCAUUCCACAAGAUCCAACACUUUUUAAGGGUACAGUAAGAUACAAUCUAGAUCCUCUUGGGCAAUUCUCAGAUCAGCAAAUAUGGGAGGUUCUUGAUAAAUGUCAGCUUCUUGAAGCUGUCCAGGAGAAGGAACAGGGAUUGGAUUCACAUGUUGUGGAAGAUGGGUCAAACUGGAGUAUGGGCCAAAGGCAGCUCUUCUGUCUGGGACGCGCGCUUUUGACAAGAUGCCGCAUCUUAGUUCUUGAUGAAGCUACCGCCUUUAUAGACAAUGCAACAGAUGCUGUCCUUCAGAAAACUAUCCGGACAGAAUUCAAAUAUUGCACUGUUAUUACAGUGGCCCACCGUAUACCAACAGUUAUGGACUGCGAUAUGGUACUUGCAAUGAGCGACGGGAAAGUAGUGGAGUUUGACAAACCUACAAAGCUCAUGGAAACUGAAGGAUCUCUCUUUCGGGAGUUGGUCAAGGAGUAUUGGUCCACAUCGAACGGAAAUAUUUAGACGAUACUGUCAAUUUUGAUUGUUUACUUGCUGCACCUUUUCAAGAGAUAAAAGAUAAACAGCUUUUAGAAAGAAAAUAAAUGAUACGCCUGAAGAUAUACAGUAAUCUAUGCUACCUCCGAGGAAUCCAUCUAUUUUCAAUAGGAAUUAAGACAGCACUAUCUGUCUGUUAAUGUCUGGAAAUUUCUUUUGCUAUGUAUUGCUACCGGAAAUUGUGUGCAAUACAUGGUGGACUGCCGCUGCCCUUCAGAAUUGGUGAAGCUGGACAGAGUAAAUCCCUGAAGAUUUCCUUGCUCCAGUAAUCAGAUAUACUAGAGGGCUAAACCGUAGGGACUUGAGUUUUGCACUCUACCUGUGUGUGCUGACAGUGUUAUGGUCGAGUUUUUGUAAAUUUGUUAGCACAUUCACUUCGGCAUCAUUUACAUUUUACUGUAGCUUGGUAAGUUUAUGCUGAAUGCAUUGACUUUAUAAAUGAGUUUUCAGACUCUGCCAUGUAAAGAGAUGCGAUUGGUUUCAGUUGUCGAUGUAUUUCUCCAAUGGAAAACAGUUUGCUUUUGACAUUAAGAACUGCCUAUUUAUAUUGCCAUGUAUAUAUAGAGUAUUUUUAUUUGCUUACACACUCGAUACAAAGCACUAUGAUCUGAGGCGUACCCACAUGUU